AUGGGCACCAAGGGAAAAGUUAUUACAUGCAAGGCAGCCAUUGCCUGGGAAACAGGCAGUCCCCUUUGCAUUGAAGAAGUUGAAGUAUCUCCCCCUAGGGCUCAUGAAGUUCGAAUUCAGGUAAUCGCCAUGUGUGUGUGUCCUACUGACAUCAAUGCUACCAAUCCUAAGAAGAAAGCUCUCUUCCCGGUCGUCCUUGGCCAUGAGUGUGCAGGAAUUGUAGAAAGCGUUGGGCCAGGAGUCACCAACUUCAAGCCAGGUGACAAAGUAAUUCCAUUCUUUGCACCACAGUGUAAAAAGUGCAAAUUCUGUUUGAGCCCUCUUACAAACCUCUGCGGGAAACUCCGGAACUUUAAAUGUCCCAAUAUUGAUCAAGAGCUCAUGGAAGACAGAACUAGCAGAUUCACCUGCAAAGGGAAGCCAAUUUACCAUUUCAUGGGAGUCAGCUCAUUCUCUCAGUACACUGUGGUUUCGGAAGCCAAUCUUGCUAGAGUGGAUGACGAGGCAAACCUGGAGAGAGUUUGUCUGAUUGGAUGUGGGUUCUCAUCCGGCUACGGGGCUGCCAUCAACACUGCCAAGGUCACCCCUGGUUCCACCUGUGCUGUCUUUGGCCUGGGCUGUGUUGGCCUUUCUGCCGUAAUCGGGUGUAAAGCAGCAGGCGCCUCCAGGAUCAUAGCUGUUGACAUCAACAGUGAGAAGUUUCCCAGAGCCAAGGUCCUGGGAGCCACUGACUGCCUUAACCCCAAAGACCUAGAUAAACCCGUCCAGGAUGUCAUCACGGAACUGACCAACGGAGGUGUGGAUUUCUCCCUGGACUGUGCGGGAACAGCUCAGACCUUGAAAGCAGCGGUAGAUUGCACGACAUUCGGCUGGGGAUCGUGUACUGUGGUUGGAGCAAAGGUUGAUGAGAUGAGUAUACCCACUGUGGACAUGAUAAUGGGCCGAUCUAUAAAAGGAACAUUCUUUGGUGGCUGGAAAAGUGUGGAUUCUGUGCCCCACCUGGUUACUGCCUACAAGAAUAAGCAGUUCGAUCUGGACAUACUGGUGACCCAUACCCUACCUUUCGACAAAAUCAAUGAGGCAAUCGGCCUGAUGAACCAGGGAAAAAGCAUCCGAAUAAUCCUGACCUUUUGAAGAUAGAGAAGCAAUCUGGAAUGUUAUCUGAUUGGACCUGAGCCUGUCUGGUUGGCU